AUGUCUUCCCGCCCCAAUAACGAGGAGCCUCUUCCUCUCCUCUCCGCCGAGGAGAGAGAGCGUGAUAUCAAGGGCGAACUCGACGUCGAGAGCGACGCUGGCCGAGCCGAGCCUCCCAAGAACAAUAACCUUGAGCACGAGUACUCUAUCCCCAGUACCGUCAAGUUCGCAUGGCUCGGAACCUAUUUUUUCUUCUCUCUGCUCCUCACUCUUUACAACAAGCUUGUUCUGGGAAUGUUCCACUUCCCAUGGCUCUUGACUUUCCUCCACGCCUCAUUCGCCAGUGUCGGUACCUAUGUCAUGAUGCAAAUGGGUUACUUUAAACUCUCACGAUUAGGGCGUCGCGAGAACCUCGCCCUCGUUGCUUUCAGUGCUCUCUUCACUGCCAAUAUCGCCGUUUCCAACUUGUCUCUCGCUAUGGUCUCCGUUCCUUUCUACCAGACCAUGCGCAUGCUCUGCCCGAUCUUCACCAUCCUUAUCUACCGCACUUACUACGGCCGAACCUACAGCACCAUGACAUACCUUUCCCUCCUGCCUCUUAUCAUCGGUGCUGCCAUGACCACACUGGGUGAGAUGAGCUUCACUGAUGCCGGUUUCCUUCUCACCAUUCUUGGUGUUGUGCUCGCCGCUCUCAAGACUGUCGUCACCAACCGAUUCAUGACUGGCUCUCUCGCUCUCCCCCCAAUCGAGUUCCUCCUCCGCAUGUCUCCUCUCGCUGCUCUUCAGGCUCUGGCUUGCGCUACUGCCACCGGUGAAGUCAGCGGCUUCCACAAGCUUAUCACCUCUGGAGACGUCUCUCUUCCUCCCGCUUUCGCCUCGCUUUUCGGAAACGGUUUCCUCGCCCUUCUGCUCAACAUCUCGUCUUUCAACACCAACAAGCUUGCUGGUGCUCUGACCAUGACCGUCUGUGGUAACCUCAAGCAGUGCUUGACUGUUGCUCUCGGCAUCUUCCUCUUCGACGUGACCAUCGACCUGCUUAACGGUGCUGGUAUGGCCGUCACAAUGCUUGGUGCUGCCAUCUACAGCAAGGCCGAACUCGACAACAAGAACCGCAAGAGCCAACAGGCUGCUGCCGCCGCCUACAAGCCCGUCGAGCAGCAGGCCCGGUAA